UCAGCAAUUACUGUCAUGUUAGUGAAGGCGGGAGGAUGAGAAGCAUAACUUUUGACACAGUAUGCUAGCUUUGUCUGUCGCGGUUUAUAAAUGUCAAUGGUGUCGCUUAGGUUUAACGACAGGUAACUGCAGGCGUCUCCAGUGUUUGUAAACAUCGGCUCAGUAGCACUUCCUAAAUAACUGUGCUUCCGCUGUCAGCUCCUCGUCUGUUUUGAAGCUAACGCCAGCCUCUGUCUAUAGAUGUUGCUAAGCUAAUUUCUUAACGUCAACUUUUUGUCAGUUACCAUCCUAACAAAGUUGAUUCAUUGGAAUGGCAACAAGAAAACCCAAGGACGACGGUGCCAGCCUUCCUUUUUCUGCACUUCAGGUCCUGGCCCCGCCUGUGCGUCUGGUGUCUGCAGCUCUCUGGAAAGUGCUGAAGCAGAGGGACGUGAUGCAGUAUGGUGUUGUGGAGGAAUUCGUCACAUCCGCCUGCGAGACUGUUCCUGGGCUGCUCACUGUGAGACACCAGGGCAAGCUGGCACUGGGACUGAGAGCAAGGUUAAUCUUGGAGUUGUGCUCCACACAGCCUGAUGUUAAGGUGAUUAAGACACAUCUGGAAAGGAUCCGUGUUCCUACUUCAGCCCCAAAUGUGAGGAAGGAUGUAAAAAUUAUGAGAACAGUGGAACAUUUCCAUUCUUUUAUCCACACACUGCUGUCAGACCCAGAAAAGAGGGAGCAGUACUUCAAGAAAGAAUUUCCAGUGGAUUAUGGCUCAAACUUCGACAAGGAGCUGGAGAAGCUGCUGUGGGAGUUUUUGAUUCGACUGGACCAGCUGCUUCCAGUUCCAAACUUAGCUCAGACUGUGUCAUGGCUCAGUAACACCCCUGCUGUCCUGGAGGAGUGUGCACGUGCAGCAACCCAACCCCAGCUCCUGAAAAUUUUACUCCAGCAUCAAACCUGUCUGGGUCAUCUGGAGUCAGCAGCGUCCUUACCUCCAAACAUGGGAGACUCCAUCCUGACUUCACUUUCUCUGCCUCUGUCUGGAAUAGUAGCUUCAAAUCAGCAAACAGGAGCCAGACAGUCUGCUGUGGAUCAGUCAGACGACUCCCAGACAAGAGACAAAACCUCUUUUAUUGCACCUGUUAUCGGACUAAUAUCUAAUGAAGAUGUACCAGUCAUGAUCUCUGCUAAUAAAAGAAAGCUGCAGAGUGAUGAGCCAGCCAGCUCAAAAGAUUCAACAAAUCAAGAGAACUUGAAAUUCAGUUUGACGAAAGAGAAAGAAAAAGCUGAAGACAGUGGGGGGAAAGAGGAGAAGAGCUUAACUCAAAGCAGUGGAAAGAAACGCAAGCAACCUGACAGUCAGGAAAGUAGAUCUGAGCAGGAGACGGACGAGGAAGAAGUUUUAAGCAUGGCUAGAUCUGGGGAAAAGAGGACACGCAGGGACAGGCAGGGUAAAGCCGACCGGAGAUCAAAUGAGAGCGAGGAAAAUGGAGGACACGAGUCUACCACGGAAGUCAUGGCUACUGAUGUGACCCAGCUUGGUGUCCAUCUACCUGAAGAUCCAUUGCUCCACUCCAUUUUUGUCUCAUGUCUGACGAGACAACCCAGAGUGGUGAUUGAAAAACUGCUGGUGGCCUCAGCUGGCAGUAGCGGAUCCAGCAGAAGAGAAACAUUCUCCCAGAGCCAGAAGUCACCAGUCAAAGCACCAACACCUAAACGAACAAGCAUCCGUCUGACGCUUGCCUCAAAGCCUUCUGCUUUGGACAAUAAAGAAAAUCAUCCCGUAUCGCCGAGUGUCAGCGGCUCUCCCUCUCAGCAGCGGAGUAACACAGAGACGUUGGGCCUUUUAGGAGGGAGUGACGACUACGUGGCUGAUUCUGAGGAUGAGGCGACAAAGAACUUCAAAAGCAGACUGUUCCAGAAGCGCUACGUCAAGACCAAACACGGCACCUUUGUUCCCACUCUGAGGGAGUACUAUAAACCCGGGACGAUGACACGCAACUCGUUGUCCGCUGGCCGUAAACCGAGGUGAUGAAAUGGAUUGUCGUGUGUGGUGUUGGAAAACUAACAGCAGAGGACUUUGAAUCUGGCAGCGUAGACUCGACAUAAUUAUACAAAAUGCUUCAGUCACUGCGGCAGAUAAACAUUUAUAUAUAUGUCACUGAUUAUAGGAAGUGAUAAGCAAUUUAUUAGUACUUUACUUGACCAUGUGUAGAUUGUUUGUGCCAUAAAUAUAUUUUAAACAGAUCAUAUGUAAUAUUCUCAGUUAAUAAAGUUUUUGAUAUUGCAUAUUUUGUGUUGGAGAAAACUGUUAAUUUUUCUUUCACUUUAUCAUGAACUGCCAAUUUGGUGCAGAGGUUAUGACAAAAAAAUAAAGCAUGUUCUGAAACUGCUCUUGA